ACCAAUUUUAUUUAUGUCGCUCAUAUGCCAUCAUAAAUAGAGACCCCUCCAUACCUAUCCCUCCUUCCACUCAACAACAACCAACAGCCAACAAUAACAUAUUUAAUCUAUUCUCAUCUAAACCCAGCAAAAAAUACAACGUUUAAACUCUUCUCAAUCCCAUAAUUCAGACUUAGUGAAAAUGGUUGUCAAGGUCGGCAUCAACGGAUUUGGCCGUAUCGGCCGUAUCGUCCUACGAAAUGCCGUUGAGCACGAAGAUAUCGAGGUCGUUGCCGUUAAUGAUCCCUUCAUCGAGACUCACUACGCUGAGUACAUGCUGAAGUACGACUCCACACACGGUCUCUUCAAGGGAACCGUCACCUACGAGGACGAUGGUCUCGUUAUAAACGGCAAGAAGGUCAAGUUCUACCAGGAGCGUGACCCCGCCAACAUUCCCUGGAAGGAGACUGGCGCCGAGUACAUCGUCGAGUCCACCGGUGUCUUCACCACCACUGAUAAGGCCAAGGCUCACUUGAAGGGCGGUGCCAAGAAGGUCAUCAUCUCGGCCCCCUCUGCCGAUGCCCCUAUGUACGUCAUGGGUGUGAACGAGAAGACCUACAACGGCUCUGCCGAUGUCAUCUCCAACGCCUCUUGCACCACCAACUGCCUUGCCCCCCUCGCCAAGGUCAUCCACGACAAGUACAACAUCAUUGAGGGUCUCAUGACCACUGUACACUCCUACACUGCUACCCAGAAGACCGUCGAUGGUCCCUCUAACAAGGACUGGCGAGGUGGUCGUACCGCUGCUCAGAACAUCAUUCCCAGCAGCACUGGUGCCGCCAAGGCUGUCGGUAAGGUUAUCCCCGACCUUAACGGCAAGCUUACCGGUAUGGCCAUGCGUGUCCCUACCGCCAACGUCUCCGUAGUCGACUUGACUGCCCGUAUCGAGAAGGGUGCUACCUACGACGAGAUCAAGGCCACCAUCAAGGAGGCCGCUGAGGGUCCUCUCAAGGGCAUCCUCAGCUACACCGAAGACGCCGUCGUCUCUUCCGACUUGAACGGCAACCCCAACUCUUCCAUCUUCGAUGCCAAGGCUGGUAUCUCCCUAAACAACAACUUCGUCAAGCUUGUCAGCUGGUAUGACAACGAGUGGGGUUACAGCCGACGUGUCGUCGACCUCAUUUCCUACGUCGCCAAGGUCGACGCCAGCAAAUAAUUUUCCCCUAUUAAAUCUAAUGAGUGAGAGCUCUAAUGGCGCUGAUCAACAAAAACGUGCGGGUUGGGUUUCCGUCCGAAGUUAAUGACUGCCAAGGAACAUGGCUGGGGCUCUAUCGAGAGCAGUACGACAUUAUUAUUAUGAUUCAUCAUAGAUAAAUGAAAUAAAUGAAACAAAAAAAAAUCAUCCUUCAUAUUGAGGUUCUCGAUAU